AUGCCAUUAAAAAGAAUGAUAGAGGUUGAACCACCCAGCCCGUUAAGAUACCUAACUGGAGCAUUAAUCAUGAUGAAUGGUGUGGUUUUUUCCCUGGGAUACAUGAUGUUUCGUAACAAACGCUCUCUUUCGUCUUCUUUUUAUUCCAAACGGACGUAG